UUUCCCGGCGUGCCCCGCGGCGGAUUGUACACAAUCAUCAUGGCUGCCGCCGCCGCCGCCGCUGAUGGUGCCGAGGAGCCGGGCAUGGAGGCGGAGGCGCAGGAGCUGCCGCUGGGCUGCGGCGGAGGGGCCGGCGUACCGGCGGCGGGGAGGUCUCCGGAGGGUGAGCAGCGCCCGGAGCCCCCGCAGGCGUCUGUCAGCAACGGCGGCGGCGAGGACAGCGGGAGGGAGCUGGUGGAGCUGAAGGUGAUCUGGAACAAGAACAAGUACGACGUGAAGUUCUGCCUGGACAGCACGGGAGCCGAGCUGAAGCAGAAGAUCCACUCGCUCACAGGCCUCCCGCCGGCCAUGCAGAAAGUUAUGUUCAAGGGACUUCUGCCAGAGGAGAAAACGUUGCGAGAAAUCAAAGUAACAAAUGGAGCGAAGAUAAUGGUUGUGGGCUCUACUAUCAACGAUGUGUUAGCAGUAAAUACACCCAAAGAAGCUGCUCAACAGGAGGUCAAAGCUGAGGAAAACAAGAAGGAGCCACUUUGCAGACAAAAGCAACACAGAAAAGUGUUGGAUAAAGGAAAACCUGACGACGUGAUGCCUUCUGUCAAAGGUGUGCAGGAGCGGCUGCCCACGGUGCCACUGUCCGGCAUGUACAACAAGUCAGGGGGAAAAGUCAGAUUGACCUUCAAACUCGAGCAAGACCAGCUGUGGAUUGGUACAAAAGAGAGAACAGAAAAGUUACCCAUGGGGUCCAUUAAAAAUGUGGUGAGUGAACCUAUUGAAGGCCAUGAGGAUUAUCACAUGAUGGCAUUUCAGCUGGGCCCAACAGAAGCAUCUUACUACUGGGUCUAUUGGGUCCCAACUCAGUAUGUCGAUGCAAUCAAAGACACGGUGCUGGGGAAGUGGCAGUAUUUUUGAAAGCACGCUCACCUCUGGCACAGGAAAAUGACACAAAUCUAAGGACACUGCUGGGAGAGGCCUCCAACAUCCCUGGAUGUGACAGUCCUGGAACUUAUUAUUAAAACAUGCUAAACGAGGCAUGGAUGGAAGCCAGAGGUGAUGUUCUUUCACCAUUAGUUUACUUUUAACUUAAAGAUUUCACCAUCCCUUUUCUGCAGUCAGCUUCAACCAUAUUUAAAGCAAAUACAAUGGAAAUCAAUAAACCUUAAUUCACAAAAUAUUGUGUGUAAUACACUUAAAUCUGCUGAGAGUUGAUCUUCCAGUUUAGUUUUCAAAAGAAAAUAUUACAAUGUAUUAUUGAGAAUUUUUUACAUGGUUUGAACAAAACCGAAUAUUUUCAUAAUCUCUCAGUAAUCAGCAUUAGACUUAGUUUAGUUACUUGGUUGUGACUGGGACUUUGAGGAGCAGAUUUUUAGGAAUAAACUGUAGCAGCGGCGCUGUUCGGUGAAGCCAUAUCCUGCUGGCCCUCAUGGCAGCUUCCACUCCUUGGUAGCAGAACUAAUUCUUUGUUUUAACCCAAAGAUGCCCUGCUUGUUUGGGAUUUUUCCUGGCCUUUCCCGACUCUGGCAGCUCCAGGUUGGUCUGUGUGGCGUGUUUGGAGCAGGUGAAUUCUGUGUGUUUUGUCACGGCAGGUGCCCUGGUGCUGCCAGCUGCUCCCUCUUCGUGCCCGGCCAGUGCUUCACCUCCUGCCCUGGGCUGCUGCAUUUGGGGAGCGUUUUCUUGCUCGUGCAUGUUGCAGCCCAGGAUCAUUCUGCAGCCCCUGUGCUGACACUGAGCUGUUGGACUGGAAACACCGCUGUGCUGCCUGGUGUGAGCAGGGGACACAGUGACAUGGACAUGGAUGGGAACACCGGCACGCUGCCUGGUGGGAGCGGGGUGACACAGACCUCCCAAAGCAGGGAAACCACAGAGGCUUUCCUGCCCUGUUUGGGGUGGGGGCAGUAAGGGAAAGAGAAGCUGAGAUGCUGCUUUGGAUUCUUAAUAGCAGUCUUCUGUGAGCUGGAUUUGAAAAUUUGUAGCGAUCUUGAAUUCAGUGAAUCGUACUUUAGAUUAACCAUCCAGCAAGUGAUGUUUUGAAAUGUAAACCACCUUCCAGCUUUCCUCCUGUUCCAGUUCACAAGAAGCCGUCACAGCUCAUUCUGUCAGAAGGAACGUGCUGCGCCGUGGGCUGUGAUGCUCUGUGUGUCAUCCCAGCCAUCCGUGUGCCAUUUCUCUCAGGUGCUCUGAACGGAGCCCUCAGCCCUGACAGGUACAAAGCCCAUAGCUUUGUGCAGCCAGACUGGAGCAGCUCACACAUCCUGCUCUGCAUUAGUGCUGGGGCUCCGUGCUGCUCUGUGCCAGUAGCUCAGACCCACGCAGGAACAGCCUUUUAGGAGCAGCUAAUCUGAAUAUGCUCCGUGUCCACUCUUCCCUCUCCUUGAGGGAAGAGCCCAGUUGAAGCAUAGCAGGUGCAAAUUCCCAAAUUAGUAUUUAUUUUAUUUUUAUUUUACUUAAGAGACUGGAAAACACAUUGGCUUUCUGGUAGGUGUUGAGGUCACAGAUUUCCCUGUAGCCUCUAGAUAACAGUUUCAGUUUCUAUUUUCUGUUAGAACAGCCACACAAUAUGAGUUUUAAAGGUGUUUCAUAUCCUACAUAGAAAAACUAGUGAUGUGCUUGUUACUCUUGUAGCUUGAGGUAUUUCCUUUCUGUGUGCAAGCCAGCAGCAGUGUGUCCUGACAUGCAUGGCUGGGGCCAGAAGAGCCGUGGCAGCUCCCUUGGCAGUCCCUUGGAGCAGUGGGGACAGAGAGGAGCUGGCCUGACUUUACUGGUGGCAAUGUCAUGGAUGAAAUGCAGCCAUCACACUUGUGAUUUCCUACUUGUCAGUCCUGGUGUUAAGGCUUAGAUUAAUUUGUUGCCUGGUGGAAGGCGUGGGCACUACAGGAUAAAGCAAAGGGGUGACACUGGCACUUUCUGUCACCUGGGACAUGUUGGCACUUGCCACCUUGCUGGUUCUGUGAUGAUCAGCUGCCAUUUGUUCCUCAACGUUCUCAGACCGCUCUGUGCAUCUGUUCAUGUUUCCUUUCCUGUUCCUUCACCCCUUUGCUCCUGGGGAGGGCACGGGCCCGAGUUCCAGCUCCUCCCCACCUCCUGUGGCUUCUGUGCAGGAUGCAGCGACCGGGUGAGUAACUCUGGGGCGAGUGGGGACAGGCACUGACCACUGCUGAGGCCCCUGGGGCACAGGGCAGUGUCACACUCCGUGCCAGAGGGGCACAGCUGCUCUCUCCUGGGCCUGGUACAGCCCAGCAGCUCCAGAGAGACUCAGCACAAACCCCUUGGUUACAUACAAAGCAAUUUUAAACAUGAAGAAAAUACUAUACACUAAGAAGAUGUGAUCCUGUUUAGGUCCUUCCUUGCAGGUUGGAUUUGAUUAGAAAAAUGAAAUUGUCUCAUUUUUUUGUUCUAUGUGCAAAAUUUGAAUUAAAAUACAGGAAAGUGGCUUAUAAAUGCUUUAGUUGGUGUUUGUUGGCUCAAUAUCCCAGGCUUCUUGGGACCUCUUUGAAAUUAAUAUUGUAGUUGAAAUUUAGCAGCACUGCCUUUAAGAUCCUUUCUCUUUGGGAAUGAUGUGGAGUUUUUUUAAUGUUCUGGCAUACACCAGUUUUUCCAAGGCAGCUAUUGACAUUAAGAAACACUCCCUUUUUAGUGGGAUAGUGCCACAGUUGGGUCACAGCCAUUGCCUGCCUCUCUUUUGGCUGUGGAUUUUGUUCUCUGGUCACUGUGACCAUCCCCAAGACAGCCUCAGCAUAACCAGUGUUCCCAGGGAGGAGUUUGGUCCUCAGUGAGACACAAUAUGUGAGUGAAGUGUGAGAACACUCGGUGUUUGGGGCUUGUGAUAAAGAUGAUUCUGAGAUCUGACAUAUAUUCUGUGAGAGGUUACCAGUAAGAGCUGCACAGAUGUGAAUUUCAGUUAAAUUACAGUUUAACAGGCUGCUCUCAGUAGCCACUGCUUCCUGCUGUGUAGGUGUGAUUCCCUGGGAGCAUCCUGGGGUGCUGCUCCACAUGAGGCUGCACUGAGUGCUUUCUGGGGUUGCUAAUUGCAGAUUAAAGUAUUCAUGAGACAAAUGCAGGUCCUUGCAGGACACAGCUGGUGUUUGCUGUUGGCUGCUCCCAGAGCCCAGGCAGUGUCCCCUCCUUGCUGCCUCUUGGGAUUGUUCCUGUCAAUCCCCAGCUCCCUGCCUUGUUCCAUGACACUAUCACAGCUCAGCGGUGUGCCAUCCCUUCCCCCUCUCUGUGCCCAGCACUGCAGGUUUCUCCUCCUUGUCCCAAGUUCAGUAUUCUUUCCUCUGUUUGUGUAAGCAGUCCCAGGAUCACCGCUUUGUUGGGAAUGCAGAAGUGUUGCUCAGCCUGGUUGGGGUUUCAACAAAGACUGUCUUGCAUGAAGAGCUCGUGUUACUCACAUGGUUUCAUACCAAGUUUAAAGUAAAUUAUUAAUUUCCAUUAAUAACAUUGGUGAGGAAUGUGUAACUACAGUCUGGAUGUUCUAGUGAUGGAAGAGAGUGAUCUGGAUUCAAAGGGGAUCACAAACUGUCACCACCACCACACUGCUGGUGCCCACUGCUCCAUGCUCUAAGGGCCAAAGAGAAACAAUUCCGUGCUGCUGCGCUGCCACGGUGGGGUGUGCUCUGCACCCCCUGCCCCACAGCACAGUCCUGCCCCACCGCUGCUGCUGGCCCGGGCACAGCGCUCCUGCUCCCAUCCUUGCAGCCCUUCUUUCCAGAAUUCCCUUCCUUCGCUUCCUUUGUAACUUGGUUCCUCCAGGGGCACCGUUUUCAUCCUCAGUUCUGUCCAGCAGCCUCUUGUUUUGUUAGUGAAUGUCCUUGUCACCGGAGGGGAGCGGGGGACCAGGAGAGCCGUAGCAAGUCUUGUAUCAAACGUGGCCAUUUUACCUUCUAGCCAAGGAUUCGCUUUGGUAGCUCAUGGAAGUUCACUCUGUCUUAUCCAUACUCAAAGCAAUUCAUUCUUUGGUUUUAUAUUAAAAAUAAAAAAAAACCUUAGA